GUGGGGGUGGGGGGGUAAAUCGACUAUGGGGCACUCGACACCCGUCUUCCCACCCUCAGUCGAAUGAGGUGGAUUUAGGAAUAAUCCUAAACCUGGGACGUGGAGAUAAACCACAGCAGCAAACAGAUACGCAUGGAAAUCAUCGCACGGCUCGCAUUUGGGAACAUAUACUUUUGUUCUAUUGUGGCGAUCUAUUUACUGUAAGCGAAUGAUAUGAAAACGGAAUACAGACUUGGAAGAAAGAGCAUGAUUGUUGCGGUGGUUUCCCCCGUAUAAAAGUGACUCAACACUUUUACCCAAUUGAAAUGUAUGAUUAUUAUUCACUUCUUUAUUUCAUGGAUGCAACAUAAGCGUUUUUGCAGGGGAAAAGGAAUUUUCAAGUGUCCCUCAUCUGCCCCCCAUAAACUAACUUCUCGGAGGGGGGCGGUUUAAAAAAAAGACUCUUCUAAAAGUGCCAAGAAGUCCUGUGUGAAGACCCCAGCCUCCUUCUUGUGGGGCCUCGGCUCUCCAGCCAGGUCAAAAGUCGCCCCCGGAACAAGAUGGCCGCCGGCGGUCCACCCUGCCUCUCUCUGCCGGUCCUGCUGCCCCUCUGCGCUCUGUUGCUCUGUUUGCUGCUCACUGGCUCACAUGCCCUAUCGCCACCAAGGUUCACUAAAGUUCCCGUCGACCAGAUCGGUGUAUCCGGUGGCGUGGUCUCGUUCGUGUGCCAGGCGACGGGAGACCCCAAGCCUCGGGUGAGCUGGAACAAGAAGGGGAAGAAGGUCAACUCCCAGCGCAUUGAGACUAUAGAGUUCGAUGAGGGCGCCGGAGCUGUGCUUCGGAUCCAGCCUCUACGAGCGCCGCGGGAUGAGAAUAUCUACGAGUGCGUGGCAGAAAACAGCGAGGGCGAGGUCAACGUCAAUGCCAAGCUGUCCAUCAUCAGAGAGGACUUGCUCCCAACAGGAUUCCCCAACAUAGACAUGGGUCCCCAGCUGAAAGUGGUGGAGCGCACCCGGACAGCCACAAUGCUUUGUGCUGCCAGCGGCAACCCUGACCCAGAAAUCACCUGGUUCAAGGACUUCCUGCCCAUAGACCCCAACGCAAGUAAUGGGCGAAUCAAACAGCUGCGCUCAGAAGCCUUUGAGGGUACCCCCAUCCGAGGUGCCCUGCAGAUUGAGAACAGCGAGGAGACGGACCAGGGGAAGUACGAGUGCGUGGCGUCUAACGUGGAAGGCGUGCGCUACUCAUCCCCUGCUAACCUAUAUGUGCGAGAGCUUCGAGAAGUCCGGCGCGUGCCCCCUCGCUUUUCCAUCCCGCCGACCAGUCACGAGAUCAUGCCAGGUGGCAGUGUGAACAUCACCUGCGUGGCGGUAGGGUCGCCCAUGCCCUACGUCAAAUGGAUGCUCAACUCGGAGGACCUGACACCGGAGGACGAGAUGCCGGUGGGCCGGAACGUUCUAGAGCUCAACAGCGUGCGAGAGUCUGCCAACUACACAUGUGUGGCCAUGAGCAGUCUGGGCAUCAUCGAGGCGGUCGCGCAGAUCACAGUCAAGUCCCUGCCCAAGCCCCCAGGCAUCCCCAUGGUGACUGAGACCACGGCCACCAGCGUCACCAUCACCUGGGACUCAGGCAACCCGGACCCCGUGUCUUAUUACAUCAUCCAGUACCGCGCCAAGUCUCCCGACAGCAAGUUUGAGACCAUGGACGGCAUCACCACCACGAGAUACAGCAUCGGGGGCCUCUACCCCAACACAGAGUAUGAGAUCCGCGUUUCGGCCUUCAACACGAUCGGCCAGGGUCCCCCCAGUGAGCCGGUGGAGACCCGGACCGGGGAACAAGCCCCGGCUAGUCCUCCCCGCAACAUCCAGGCCCGGAUCAUCUCCCAGAACACCAUGAUGGUCCGCUGGGACGAGCCUGAGGAGCCCAACGGGCAGAUCAAAGGGUACCGGGUGUACUACACCAUGGACCCGUCCCAGCUCAUGAGCCUAUGGCAGAUCCAUAAUGUCCAGGAUAGCAUCAUUACCACUAUCCAGAGCCUGGUGGCGUCUGAGACCUACACCAUCCGUGUCCUGGCCUUUACCUCGGUGGGCGAUGGGCCCUUCUCCGACCCCAUCCAUGUCAAAGUGCUGCAAGGAGUCCCCGGACAGCCAACAAAGUUCCAGGUUGGCGCUGUGUCCGACACAAGCAUCGAGUUGACCUGGGAACCUGCCUUUGAGAAGGAGGGAAUCAUCAACUUUGAGCUCCGGUACAAAGAGGGCAGUUUUGGCAGCCAGGUGACCAAAACUUUCGGCCCCACUGCCUCAUACGUCGUUGAGGGUCUGCGAGCAAACACAGAGUACUACUUCUCUCUGGCCGCCAUUUCCAACAAAGGCAUCGGAGCCUUCACCAAUGAAAUAUCCCAGAAAACCUUGCAAGCCAAGCCCUCAGCCCCCCCUCAAGACAUUAAAUGCAGCAGCUCCAGCUCCACCACCCUGCUGGUAAGUUGGCGCCCCCCGCCUGUGGAGAGCCAGAAUGGCGCCCUGGCGGGGUACCUAGUGCGCUACCAGGUGGUGGGAGCCUCCAUAGAGGGUGGCGGCGGCGGCGGUGCCGGGGAACCCAUGGAGGAGCCGGCCGUGCCGCCCAGCGACGGGCAGGUGCUGCUCCAGAAGCUGGAGAAAUGGACCCAGUACCGUGUCACCUUGGCCGCCUUCACCGAAAUCGGGCCGGGCCCAGAGAGCGAGCCCCUGCUCUGCCGCACUGACGAGGAUGUUCCAGGGGCUCCUCCUCGGCGGGUCGAGGUGGAGGUGCUCAACUCCACGGCGCUCAAGGUCAUGUGGCGCUCCCUGUUGCCGGGGCGACAGCACGGCCAGAUCCGUGGUUACCAGGUGCACUAUGUGCGCGUGGAGAACGGGGAGUCGCGCGGUCUGCCCCUCAUCAAGGAUGUCAUGCUAGCUGACGCCCAGUGGGAAACGGACGAUACAGCCGAAUACGAAAUGGUCAUCGGAGGGCUCCAGCCGGACACCACCUACUCCAUCACAGUAGCUGCGUACACCACUAAGGGAGAUGGAGCACGCAGCAAACCCAAACUGGUGGUUACCAAAGGAGCAGUGCCUGGGCCGCCCUAUCUGUCAGUGGCUCACGAUUCGGAGACGUCGGCCGUGGUGCGCUGGGACGCACCUGAUGUUAUGAUACCUGGAAUGGAGCUGCAGGGUUACCGGCUUCAGUUUGGCCGUAAGGACGUGUCCCCCCUGGCUACUCUGGAGUUCACCCCCCAGGAGAGGCAGUACACAGUGGCCAGCGUCCACCGCGGUGCCACCUACCUUUUCAAAGUCCAAGCUAAGAGCCGAGGGGGCUUCGGGGAGGAGGCUACGGCCGAACUGCAGGUGCCCGAACACAUACCCCAAGGGUACCCUCAAAUCAGCGAGAGCUCCAACGUGACCUGCUGCUCUGUAGAAUUGGCAUGGUCGCCCCCAGUGCUGGCAGAGCGCAACGGGGACAUCACGGAGUACACGCUGGCGUACCAGGAGACGGGCGUGGGGGGCGCACCCCGGGAACUCAGCCUGCCCGCCAUCCAGUCCAGCUACGUGCUCAACAGCCUCAAACCCAACUCGGCGUACGACGUGAAAAUACGCGCGCACACGAGUGUAGGUCCAGGGCCCUACAGCCCGCCGAUCCAGUAUCGGACUGUGGCGUUUCAGACAGAUGUCCCGAAGAACUUCACAGUGAAGUGGGUCACCAAGACAACGGUGUUGCUAACGUGGAAGUUUGCCGAGAGGCGGUUCCCAUUCCGGUGCACGAUUGAGUACAACCGUCAGAAGAUGGACGUGGACGCCCGGCUGACCAAGGCGCUAGUCACCAGCCUGCGGCCCAACACCACCUAUGAGUUCCGGGUCACGUGUCAGGAGAACACAGAGGGUGGACCUCGCCACCGCGUGGUCGCUAGGACCGCACCGCCCAUCCUGGUCAAAAAGCCCAAGCUGGACCUCUACUCGGAGCCGGACAACAUUCUGACCAUGGGCUUCGCCCCUGUGGAAAGCAAGGACAUCAAGAAUUUCUAUGUGGUGGUGGUACCGCUAAAGAAGGGCUCAGGGACAGUCCGACAUCUCAAGAACCCAGACGAGAUGGACUUGGAAGAGCUGCUGAGGGACAUCACCCCGAAACAUCGCACCAGGCGCCAGCUGAGCCAGGCGGAUGGCAAGAAGCCCUACAUCACGGCCUGCUUCAAGCAGCUCCCCACCACCUUCACCCUGGGCACAGAGCACCGCCACAGCAGCUGUGAGAACAAACCUCUGGAGCCCGGGCAGGAGUACGUCUUCUUCCUGCUGGCCGAGCUCAACACCACCGCCGGGAAAAUGUUUGCGGCCAGUCCAUACACGGACUCAGUGGUGACCCCAGAGAUGGAGGUGGAUCCUCUGCCCAUGGAGACGGGUGGGGAUGGCCUCAUCUGGGUGGUGGGGCCCGUGCUGGCUGUGGUCUUCAUCAUCUGCAUCGUCAUCGCCAUCCUCCUCUACAAGAACAGCAAACCUGACAGCCGCAAACGAAAGGAGUCAGAGCCCAGAACAAAAUGUCUGCUGAACAACGCAGAGAUCACACCCCACCAUCCCACAGACCCCGUGGAAAUGAGACGCAUCAACUUCCAGACCCCAGAUUCUGGUCUGAGCAGUCCUCUAAGUGAAGCCGAUUUUGACUAUGAAAGUAUGAUGAAUCAUCCACCCAUCCCUAUCGCGGAGCUGGCUGAACACACAGAGCAUCUCAAAGCCAACGACAACCUGAAGCUCUCCCAGGAGUAUGAGUCCAUCGAUCCGGGCCAGCAGUUCACAUGGGAACACUCCAACCUGGAGGUGAACAAGCCCAAAAACCGCUAUGCCAAUGUCAUCGCCUAUGACCACUCCCGCGUCAUCCUUGCACCCAUCGAAGGUAUCAUAGGCAGCGACUAUAUCAACGCCAACUACAUAGACGGUUACAGGAAGCAGAAUGCCUACAUCGCAACGCAGGGUCCUUUGCCCGAGACGUUUGGAGAUUUCUGGAGGAUGGUGUGGGAACAGAGGGCAGCCACUGUGGUCAUGAUGACCAGACUGGAAGAGAAAUCACGGAUCAAGUGUGACCAGUACUGGCCCAGUCGAGGAACAGAGACCUAUGGGAUGACCCAGGUGACUCUACUGGACACCAUAGAGCUGGCCACCUUCUGCGUCCGCACCUUCUCCCUGCACAAGGUACGAAAUGGUUCCAGUGAGAAGCGGGAGGUACGUCAGUUCCAGUUCACGGCGUGGCCUGACCACGGGGUCCCCGAGUACCCCACCCCCUUCCUGGCCUUCCUACGCAGAGUCAAGACCUGUAACCCCCCUGACGCAGGCCCCAUCAUCGCCCACUGCAGUGCGGGUGUUGGGCGGACGGGCUGCUUCAUUGUGAUCGACGCCAUGCUGGAGCGCAUCAAGCAUGAGAAGACGGUGGACAUCUACGGCCACGUGACGCUAAUGCGCUCGCAGCGAAACUACAUGGUGCAGACGGAGGACCAGUAUAGCUUCAUCCACGACGCGCUGCUGGAGGCAGUGGCGUGCGGCAACACGGAGGUGGCGGCCAGGAGCCUGUACUCGUACAUCCAGAAGCUGGCCCAGGUGGAGACGGGCGAGCACGUCACCGGCAUGGAGCUGGAGUUUAAGCGCCUGGCCAAUUCCAAGGCCCACACGUCCAGGUUCAUCAGUGCCAACCUGCCCUGCAACAAGUUCAAGAACCGUCUGGUGAACAUCAUGCCCUACGAGACCACCCGCGUCUGCCUGCAGCCUAUCAGGGGCCUCGAGGGCUCCGACUACAUCAACGCCAGCUUCAUCGAUGGAUACAGGCAACAGAAGGCCUACAUCGCCACGCAGGGCCCAUUGGCAGAGACCACAGAAGACUUCUGGAGGAUGCUGUGGGAGAACAACUCUACCAUCGUAGUCAUGCUCACCAAACUCAGAGAGAUGGGCAGGGAAAAAUGUCAUCAGUACUGGCCCGCUGAGCGUUCGGCCAGGUACCAGUACUUUGUGGUGGACCCCAUGGCUGAGUACAACAUGCCCCAGUACAUCCUCCGAGAGUUCAAAGUCACCGACGCCAGGGAUGGGCAGUCCAGGACAGUGCGGCAGUUCCAGUUCACUGAUUGGCCGGAGCAGGGGGUGCCCAAGUCAGGGGAGGGCUUCAUAGACUUCAUAGGCCAGGUGCACAAAACUAAGGAGCAGUUCGGCCAGGACGGACCCAUCUCUGUCCACUGCAGUGCGGGGGUUGGCCGGACCGGUGUCUUCAUUACGCUCAGCAUCGUGCUAGAGAGGAUGCGCUACGAGGGCGUGGUGGACAUCUUCCAAACGGUCAAGAUGCUGCGGACACAGAGGCCGGCCAUGGUGCAGACAGAGGAUGAAUAUCAGUUUUCCUACCAGGCGGGUCUGGAGUACCUAGGAAGCUUUGAUCACUAUGCAACGUAAAAAGCCAUCUCUUCCCCCAAAUCCGGUGUCCCCCUCAACAGUCUCCUGGGCCAUAGAAACCUGCUUGAAAUUUGAAAUGACAACAACAACAAAAACAAACAACAACAACAACCAGAAAACAAAAUUCAACCAACAGGAAAGCAAACAAAUUGUAGAUUUUUUUUGUAAAGAAAUCCAUUUAAAACACCAACAAGAGUGCAAUUCCAAUUGGACCUAAUGGACUUUGAUGCCGGUGAGUAAAGUGUAAACGAUUCCAUCAGCAAAACUAACUGACGCUCUCACUCGGGAGAAAGGAACCAAAAGUGGUGGCUCAAGCUGUGGGGUGGGAAUAAUCAAAGUGUCAGACUGCUAACCUUACCUCAAGUGUUCAGAUGUGGAGGUGGACAUUGUAAACAUUUUGUGGACAUCUAUUAAAAAAAUUACUACAUACAAACAAUACAAAGAUAACAGUGAAUGAAGGAAAAGUGACUAGAUGAACGUGACUGAGGUAAAAAAAAAAAAAAAGCUAAGGGAUUGAGAGAAACUGAGAAAAGGGUGGACUGGAUGUAGCUUUCCUAGUUGUUUAUUAACACUUUUGAUGGCAAAACUGUGGUUGCCUGUGUACACAGAUGAUUGUCCCCAAGACGUCGGACACCUUUGAUGAGACUAACACACUGAGUUAACGCUAAGGUACUAGCAAGAGAAGUCAACCCCCAUUCGGUACCCCCUACCACUCUCAACUCUCUCUCUCUAGCAAGAGAACUUAUACUGCCCAUAGUUCUGGUACAACCUUUCAAACUCCAAACUCUGAACUCUUCAAGUGUCCAUCAUACCCACAAAGGGCAUCCCUAUAUCCCUUCAACUCUUUGGGCUAAGAGGAGCCUCUGCAGUAAAAAAUAGUCUGGGGGAAAGUGAGGACCGUCUUAAAGGGACUACCAUUGGUAGAUUUCGUCAAAUGCCAGUUCAAUCAAUUUACCACGUCAGUUUCUCCAGCAUUUGACUUGUGGACCGUUUUUUUGGUGCUGUUGAGGACAAACCCCACAUGUUUAUACAGUAACCACUGAUAUAGCUAUCUUAGCCUCAGUCACCAAGGAAACUGGGUAAAUGACCACUCUUGCAAGACCAGAGAAAUGACAACCAUGUCCCAUGACUUUUUAGGAUCACUCUUCGUUCAGGACUAGAUGUGCCAUGAGUUACUGGUGCAGUGUCCACAUUUUGAAUGGUGAGCUCGGGCGGCCUUUAGGCUACAGAACGAGUGGAAUCACCACAUGAGGUCGGGGCAUGGUGAAUGGUGAAUGGCGGCAACUGGGCUCUCCGCAAACGUGUACAGUGACCAACAACCCAUUGUAAUCAUUUGUUACUUUGUCUUACAAUUACUUGUAUUUCUGUGGUUUUCUGUCGAUACCAAACAUGCUGCUUAUUCUCCUGUAUGCUGUAAGUGUGACUCUUUGGGAUGGGAUGACGAUGGAGGUGCCUGGUCUGGCCGUGGUAGUUCGCGCCCAGGUGGCUGCGACUGAAAGCGCAUCCACAUGUUAUUGUCCCCCCCCCCACACCAUCUCUCACUAGACAUUUUAGUCCCAAGCUUGACUUAGCGAGAAACUAGUCCUCUUGCAGUUAUGGUACUAAGAGUGGAAGAAAAGUGGUUAAAAGUAGUGAGGAACUGAGUUGAUAACCCAGAGAAAGGUUCCUGUCUUUUCCCUUCCACCUAUAGGCCAAAGGCCAUUGAAGAUGACUGGGAAAGAGGCGGCCAUGUUGGAUUUGGAUGUCGUAAUGAGAAAGUUAUAUCCACUAUACAAAUGACUUGCACAUCACCAAACUUGAAACCUAAACGAUAGCAGGGCCGAUUCUACGCACUAUGUACAUGUGUCUGAUAAAAACAAGCCCUCAAAGCCCCCAAUUUCGUUUUUUCUCAGAGGUCAGUGCUUUGGUAUACCCAGGAGUAUGCUUUUACAUUGGAUUCUGUGAAGGGUUUUCGAUUGGUAUGCACACUAACAGAGUGAUGAAAGGAACUGUGUGUAGUCUUUCUUAUUUCCAAAAAAGCCUUAUUGUUAUUGUAACAUUACAGAAACAUUAAUGUUGUAUUAUGAUGACUAUUGUUAUUUUACUUUACAUAGCUGACUUUUAUUUUAGUUUUUGUUUAGUUUUUUAACAGAGAUAUUGUAUCGCAUUUUUUUUAAAUUAGCCGUAAGAAAUAAAUGCUUAUUUGUUCAUAUUAUGUUAAAAUACAUUCUAUUUUUUCACUGUAGAAAUGUUAAGUAUAACAUGUGUUUGUGUGGAUGUGUACAUAUAUAUUUAUAUAUCGCACAUUCACACAUACAUAUAUAUUUAAAUACAGAAUAUAAAGAUAUACCCAAACUCUUAGUAUGAAUUUAUAUUAUUAUUAUUUUUUUCAUCAACUUUCAAUUGCUCAUGUAAAAUGAUGAUGGAUUUUUGAAUAUUGUUUUUUUUGUAACCAUAAUCAUAACCUUGGGAAAUGUUGUUUGUUUCUCUGGAAACAAUGAGGGGAGGUGUCUAGCCGAGCGUCGCUCCUACAACCCUUUUUAAUUCCUACCACUUGGUAGACCAGUGCCGAUAAGGAGAUGGCAUUUUUAAUUGUUGUUGAAAUUAUUAUUAUCAUUAACAGUAGUUAUUAGUAUUCGUUUGAGUAUUAUUUUCAUAGGUAGUAGAUGAAAUAGCAUACAAAACAUUCAAUUAGAGGCAAACUACAUUAUUACACAUUUUAUGAAUUUGCCAGACUAAAGGUACUGUACUUUUUGACCAUGUACAGACUAUGAUCUCCCUCUUUCUCAGAAGUCCCGUUUUUUCCUCCUUUUUAUUUUGUCUUUAUUUUCAGACACAACAUGAUCAUCCCUUUGUUAGAUAUCAACUAUGAUCCAGAAUAUAAUACCUGUAAAUAAACAAAUAUAUAGAUUAUAUGUAUUUGUAUGAUUUGACCCUCAACGCUCUCUUACUUCAAAUCAAAGACUGAACUGCAAAGAUAAGGUUCUGCUCAUUGCGAAGUUCCUGGUGUUUGUAAAGCGUGCUUUCUCCCUUAGUAACAUUUGUAUUCCACUGCUCCAUGUUCUUAAGUCCCCUCUUUCUUUGUCAUAUCUGCCAUGUUAGCAAUAUCUCCUGCUAGCCACCGACAGCUAACUCUGUUAUGAGACAGGUCAGUGAGGACCCAUAACAUUUGCCUCAGCACAGGCUUCAUGCAAAGUGAACUCUGCUUCCUUCUCCAGACAUUGGAAAUGAUGGCAACCAAAGGACUAUUCCUUUCCUAAACAAAAGCUCCCAAAAAAGGAGAAGUGCUAGUUUUCCCAACUGUCUAAAAAGCCAAGAAGUAGACAGUCCAUUGGCAGUCAAAUGGUGAAAGAGGAGAUAGUUUUGCUAUUUAGCAACUGGCCAUAGUGCGAUGACACAGCCAUUAGGGGCAAAGAACUACCACUGCCCCUGAAUCAUGAAAUGAUAUAAUAUGUUUUGCUCACAUUAUAAGACUCCUAUAGAACCAUAUUGUGUUCCUUUUUUUGCCAUGUUUUGUUACGGGAUGCAGAAUGAAUCAGGACUAAAUGAGAAGGAGCCGUGUGACGCAAAGACCAGGAGAAAGGAGUACGAAACAACAAAGAAUCGCUGUGAAUUACUCAUUUCCAGCAUAACCUUUUGAACAGUGGGAAUCUAACCGUUUCAUAUGAACUAAAUCUUGAAAUGAGGACUUUUUGUGACUGAAUUCAAAGACUGGUUAAGGGCCCAUGCCAAAAACCAAGACCGUGGACAUCUUUGGAAACUUGUGUGACGUGUUACUCUUUGACUUCAUGUAAAGAUGCCAGACUUUUGACAACAGCAGCCAAAUUACUGGAAUAUUCCGCAGAGGGGGGAAAUUAACAAAAUAGAAAAAUUACUACAAAAGAAUAGAACAUAUACAUACAACAGCCAACAAAAAGAUAAAGAACCCAAACUCAAGCAAAAUAGUUUUUCUUUGUAUGAGGGCCAAGUGCUAUCACUUUCAAACUGUUACUUCUAACUGAAAUGAUUGGUUUAAAACCCACUGUGUAUGUAGAUAUGUUGACUUUGUAUUAAAGAAAUGUUGUCUGAAAGUA